AUGACGCUCGCCUGUCGUACAUUCUCAACUACAAGGGCAAAUACUCCGGGAAAGUCUGGAAGAACUGGCCUCAAGCCAUCUUCAGCUUCAAUAUCCAGUUUUCCUAACGUAAAUUGUGCGCUGCAGAACGAGCCCAUGACCCCUGGACCCAGCCAAUGCCAAAAUGGUGAUCCUGCUGGCUGGAUGUGUGGCCGCGCUAGACAUAUGCGCAUAGCAGGACUCGAGAGCCGUAUUCUAGUCUCUACUGGUGGCCUGGGCGGUGACAUCUCGCACGGAUAUACCUUUCUCCCUGCUGUCACUCAAUGCGACGCCAUCUCCGCCAUCUCCAUCCAACGCUAUGCUAGUGUGCCUGCUAAUGGGAAAAAGGUCUAUCUUGAAGAAUUGGGUAUUGACUCUCAAAAGUAUGAUCAAAGGUCAGCAUUCGUCCCGGAGGUGAUCAACAUGGACUCUGUUGGCCUGCCUCACUUGUAUUGGCAGCUUCUGCCCCCAUCGACUGGCAACUGUAAUUACGAUCCCAAGCAGGACAGUGGUGAUCCAUUUGGUAUCUACACUAAUUCUGGAGUUAACUUGGCUGGUCCGAUCAAUGCUGCUACCUCAUCUGGAGCAGCGCAGGACUGA